CAUCACUGAGCUUGAGACGCUGGUGUUUGUGAAAUCUUUUCACAGAAGAAGAAUUGUUUCCUUCGCGCAUGCGCAAACCCAAUGGAAAUUUUGGAAAGCUGCUUUUUUCAUGAUAAACACGAGUAACAUUUGCUACAAACAUAAACACUUUAGUCAGUGUAUAUGUUUAGAGCCUAGACUGCAACUCAUUUGUUUGAGGUUGUUUUAUAUGAAUUAAACUUUAAUGAUGCUUUUAUUUUGAAAAUGUCUGCCAUUCAAAAACACGGAGGGAAAAUCUUCAGGCGACUUUCCACUGACGAUGAUAUGUAGAUGAAUACUAACUGGUAGAGUAUCUAGUGUUUCUUUAUUUCACUUUAUUUUACCAAACUGUGUGGCUGUCAUAUUCUUGAACCGGAUGUGUCAGGAUGCAGAGCUCAGAUUCAGACGGAGCAGGGAAUUCUCAAAAACAGAGGCUGGUUUUCUUCGACUUGGAGACAACUGGACUGAGUAAGACUUGUGAGAUCGUCCAGCUGGCUGCAGUGAGUGGAGGUGACUCACUCAACCUCUACGUCAUCCCUCGUUAUCAAAUGCAGCGAGGGGCGUCCAAAGUGACCGGCUUCAGGGUCCGUAGACAGAGACUGUACCUCCAUCGCCAGCCUGUCUUUACCAACUCCCUGCGAGAGGUCCUGGUCUCCUUCAUAGCUUUCCUCCAGAUGUUGGGAAGGCCUCUCGUUAUCGGCCACAACAUCCGCCGCUUCGACUGUCCGCUGCUGGCUCGAGCUCUGGAUGAACUGGACCUCAGGGCAGAGUUUGAGGCCGCAGUCUCCGGCUGUGUUGACACUCUGCCUCUGGCCCGGGAGAUGCUGAAGGAGCGUGGCCUCAAGAGUUUCCGACAGGAGAACCUGGUCAUGGAGCUGCUGGGUGUGAACUACAAGGCCCAUGAUGCUUUGGAAGAUGUGCGGGCAUUGCAGGCUCUGUACAGUGUGCUUCAGCCCACGCCAGAGUUGAUCUGCAGGCAUCUGUUUACCCUGGACACCAUGACAGACAAACCAGCUGCUAAAUCUAAAGUGUCAAAAGGACAGUGCUCCCUGAGGGAGAACUUCCGACAGACGGUGAAGAUUACAGCGAGUAAAGAAGACGAAGCCACACAUGAGAACAUGUGAAACCAUCCGGAUGUAUUCAUUACACAUACCAAAAAAUGGCUGCUGUCUUGUGAAGCUGUAAGUUACCUCAAAUGAUUGAUGGUGGAAAGAAUGAAAAAUUAACUGCAGCACAAAUGGGAUUAUACCAUGACUUUGAAAGGUGAGAGAAGCGUACACUGAAGACAAUGCAUGCACAUAGAAGUCUUCCUUCUGCCUAAUGCAGCACUAAACAAAAAAGCACUGAAACCCUGUAGAUGAGGUUGCCAUUAGUUUGUUACCACUGCCUUAUACAUGCACUGAAAUCUGUUGCACAAUACCUACCUCAAAGAGACAAAAAAAUAUGUUGCAUUAUGGGAAUCUUAAGAGGGUUGUGGAAAUUAUUUUCUAUUUGCAAAAUUAAAAUGUAUAUUGUCUGUUACUGAGAAAAUGUGUUCUGUUUUUAUCUGAAUUAAAUUUUUCCCUGCGCUAAAAUGUUAAUUAAUCUGCUAAUAAAUGUAUUGUAUUUCUA